AACCCCACGGUGAGCUCAUCUUCCCUCUCUCCUGCUCGGCUGAGCCUGUUGCCACCGGGAGCUCUCUCCUCCCUGGCCCACCGCCCGCGCACGGCCACCUCGCGCCGCUGGUCUGCGCAGCUGCGCCGCCCAACCCACCUGCCCGCCGCCCGUGUGCACACCGUGCACCGAGCCGGCGCACCGUCCGCGCACUGCGUGCUCACGCCGUCCACCCCCGCAGCACUGCCCGCGAGCCUCACCGACGCACCGGCCCGCACCGCUGGUCGCUCGUCGCCGCUGCCCACGCGCUGCCGAGCCGUCGUCUCCCUCCAGCCGUUUCCUCUCGCACUGCCAGCCACCACCUCCCUCCGCUCCCCUCUCCUCGGCCGCCGUCCCAACCGCCGUCGCGCUGCUCGGCUGACCGAGCUGCUACGUGGGCUGCCGCGCAGCGUCGCCGCCCCUCUGGCCACGCAGCUUCACCUCACAUGUUGUCGCCGUUUCAAAAGUGAUAGUUUUACGAUGGUUAGGUGUAAAUAAUUAUAGUUUUGUAAAAUUUACUAAAAAAGAAUUGGAAAGCACGUAUCAGCCCAGCUGGCUCGUGCAGCAAGCACGUAGGAGCAUGCGCCACGCCACAUUAUUGGUUAAUCACAUUAUGGAUAAUCUAAUGCCUGGUCAGCUCUACAGGGCCGGACUGACAGGGAUCCACAAAUACCGGAUACGCCUAACUUAUUAAAGCUAGCGGGCUUCUCUAGGGCCGGGCGCCGACUCACAGAUCGAUCAGCAGUCAGCACAGCACUUUUCAGAACAGCUGGUUGCUUCAAGAUGUUCUUCCGAGCAGUGCAGCACGUCCUCAGGCAGGGAAAGAGCCGAGCUUGGCCAUUCUUGCCCGGCGUCGUCAACCACUUCUCCACGGCCUCACACUCUCAGAGGUUGGCCAGGAAGGUGGCGGUCAUCACCGGCGCCUCCAGCGGCAUCGGGAAGGCGACGGCCGCCGAGUUCGUCAGGAACGGCGCGAAGGUCGUGCUCGCGGACGUGCAGGGCGACCUCGGCCGCGCGGUCGCCGAGGAGCUCGGCGCGGACGCCGCGUGCUACACGCGCUGCGACGUCACCGACGAGGCGCAGGUCGCCGCGGCCGUGGACCUCGCGGUCGCGCGCCACGGGAAGCUUGACGUCAUCCUAAACAACGCCGGCGUCGUGGGCUCCCUGGCGCGGCCCCCGCUCGGCGCGCUCGACCUCGCCGACUUCGACCGCGUCAUGGCGAUCAACGCGCGGGGCGUGAUGGCCGGGGUCAAGCACGCGGCGCGCGUCAUGGUGCCGCGACGAAGCGGCAGCAUCAUCUGCAUGGCCAGCAUCGCGGGCGUGCUCGGCAGCGUGACGCCCCACCCGUACAGCGUCUCCAAGGCGGCCGUCGUCGGCAUCGUGCGCGCCGUGGCCGGGGAGCUGGCGCGCUCCGGCGUGCGCGUCAACGCCAUCUCGCCCAACUACAUCCCGACGCCGCUGGUGAUGCGCAUCUUGGAGGAGUGGUACCCGGGAUCGUGCGCCGAGGAGCACAAGCGGAUCGUGGAGAAGAACAUCAACGAGAUGGAAGGGGUGGUGCUCGAGCCGGAGGACAUUGCGAGGGCGGCGCUGUACCUGGCGUCCGACGAGUCCAAGUACGUGAACGGGCACAACCUCGUCGUCGACGGCGGCUUCACGGUGGGGAAGGCGCCGAACAUGCCGGCACCUGCACAGUGAGCAGUAGCGAAUCAGCGAAUGGAUGCAUGAUGCUUUCGGUUUGAAUAAGUUCGGUGCAUUGUUUUGCGCUGAACAAACACAUCAUUCGUCAGUUAGUUCUUCGGCCUUUGAACGACGGUUUCUCGUCAUGAAAUUGCAAUAUCUUACACUGGUCCGUUUUAUAGAUUAUUAUUAGCUUUUCAAUCUUA